AUGUUGUGCAUACUCACCAUAGCUGUUGCUACUUUUGUCAGUUCUGCCGCUCGAUCUGAGGCUGCAUGUCCUAAUUUAAAUCUGGGCAAAUGUGGCGACGCCUCUAGUCCUGAGUGCUGCUCUGAAGGAAAUUUCUGCAUGCCAUGGACGCCCAGCAAUUAUCAAUGCGUUUCUCUGCCUUCACAGUGCUCACGCCAGUUCACAGGUUAUGACUUUUAUGGCGGCGACAUCAAGACGGUGUACGGAGUGCAGCCUGGCGACUGUUGUGCUUCGUGCUUGUCAACCAGUGGGUGCUUGGCUUACACUUUCAUCAAUGAGUAUCAUGGCACGACAGCUUGCUACUUAAAAGCCGGAAUGGGAAAGCCAAAGAAGGUUGUUGGCAUCGUCUCGGCUGUCAUCGACAGCUACACAAGUGACCAAGACCACACACCGAAGCACAGUUUACAAGGGGCUGAGUCCCUAGAGCUUCUUUCUGUUUGA